UACUCCAUCGACAUCUCCCUUGGCACCCCACCUCAAUUGCAAACCCUACAAUUCGACACCGGCUCGUCAGGUCUAAUCAUACCAUCCUCGACCUCCACCCUCUGCACCUCCCUCGCCAUCCUGUGCUCCGUCCUUGGAGCGUUUACCAGCGCAUUGAGCGCCACAUUCUCCAAUACCGGACAGAGCGUUACCACAGGCUUCAUCGACGGCGCCAGCGUGACAGGGACGUGGUUUUACGAUACCGCAUCCCUUUCUGGCGUGUCUAUUCCGUCGCAGCUCGCCGUGCUGGCCACGUCCGGGUCAGGAAUCAGUCAAGGUGUGCUUGGCGUAGGAUGGCCGGCAAACUACCCGACUUUGAACCACAAUCUUGCUGCGAAUGGACUGAUCGCGAGUAACAGCUACAGUCUCUGGCUCGACUCGCUCUCCUCCGCCACCGGCACAAUUCUAUUCGGCGGGCUAGAUCGGAGCAAGUUCGUCGCACCACUGCAUACCGUGCCGGUGGUGGGCGGGACGACAAACAGCGACGGCAGUGUGACAUACUUCCAGCCUAUGGUCGAAGUGACUGGAUUGUCCAUCGGUAAUGGUCCAGGUAUUACAGGGAGUGGAUACUCUCUGCAAGCCGCGCUCGACACGGGGACUGGUUUGACGGUCCUUCCGGCGGGAGUCGUAGGAUCAAUUGCGAGCGCUGUGGGAGCGAUGUAUUAUCCGCUGGGUUCGACAAGUGGGAAUACAAUCAUUCCCUGCGCCAAUGUUGCUAAUCCGUACCAUUUGAGCAUCGUCUUCUACUUCACUGGCGUCAGCGUCAGCGUCGACUUGGCUCAGAUGGUGUUGCAGGACGUCGGUAAUCUGAACGGAGUGGAGAUGUGCCAGUUCGGACUAUAUGGAGCAGCGGAUGGAAGUGGGCUGCCGACCAUCCUUGGCGACAGUUUCUUGCGAAGCGCGUAUGUGGUGUAUGAUCUUGACCAUAAUCGCAUCGGCCUGGCGCAGACUAUCUUCAACGCGGACAGCCCGAAUAUCGUGGAGAUC